GAUUUCUUCCAAAGGCAGGGUGAGGAGGGGGGAAAAAAAAUAGUCCGCGACUGGCUUCCUUGAUUUGUCUCCUUCGGCAGCGGAGGAGAGGGCAGGUAUCGCCAGUGGGGGUUUCGUAUCUGAGGCCGGUGGGCCGUCUCUCGGACUCCGUUUUGAGUGGAGAGAGAAGGAGACGCCGCCUCGUUUAGGCGGAGGGAUAUACCGCUCUGGCAAGCUGUGAAGCCAAAAAAAUUUUGAACGAAGGGCGCGAGGGGAGGCCCGCCGGCGGCAGUUGCUUAGCGCCGAAGUCGUCGGAUCCUGUUGCUUUAGCGCACCUUUUGCAUAUUUACGAAAGAUAUCCAGACUUCUGUAGUACAAUAUUGCUUAAGACCAAACUAUUUGUCAAGAAAGCAGCAAUAUCACCAAUGACUUGGCAACAGCAAAGGCAUUCCCAAUGGAGAAUCAGAAUAUUAAAAAGGUACUUUUCGAGUGUUCCAAUACUCAGUGCAACUUGUAUUUGGGGCAUGGAAGCCCAAUCAAUAGCAUGAAGGAAAUGGACUCUCUCUUCAAAAGUGGUUCAUCGGAUGCUCCAGCAGCAAUCUUGUGUACAAGCAGUGCCGUGUGUGAGAGUUUGGGAAGCACCCUGAUAAACAAUCACCCUAUCGUCAUGAAUGAUACAGAAGAUUUAACAACUCCCAGGAGGAAAUCGGGAGAGAACACAAAUGUUGAAAUUGCAAGCAACCAAGUUACACCAUAUAGAGGCUUGUCUGACAGUACGGCUGUUGGUUAUAAAAUUAACCCAGAGCUUUCUACAAGCCAGAGUAAAGAGGAAUUCAAGCAUGUAUUGAGAAAAUUAAGACGACGGUCUACAAUAGGAGCACGAGGUUCUCCAGAAAAUGAUUUUCUCAUCAAAUAUAGUGCUUGGCAAAGGAGAAUGAAGGCGCAAGAAACUUUGUCACAAUCCAGCCCUUGUCAACAUUGGAACACGUUGCUGAAGGACAAAAUAUCUGCCUUCCAAUCUUCAUUUAAAGCCCUUGAAGAAACUGAAGAAAAGGCAGUCCAUAUUCCUUCUACUUCAAACACAAGACUGCACGAGCAAUCAACGUUGAGCCAGACAUGGUCCCCGGAGGAUACGAAUAACGCUUUUGAAGAAAAUUUAAAUGAUAAAUGUAUGAAUGGAGAUGUUAUAUCAGUAGAUACCCAGAUGCACAGUCCCAGAUUUUCAUCGUGGAAACCCCUUCUGUCUGGCACAAAUGUUAUGUCUAAGGCUGUUCUGGUCUCACCAGUGAAUGCUGUGGAAUCUACACGUGUAUCUUUGUUAGCUACUCCAAGUACGGGCAAAUCAAAGAGUGAGAGUGGUGAAGACAAAGAAUUGAGCAGAAGCGACACCUCUCAACCCAGCAGUAAGAAAGUUCGGUUUUCAGAAACGCAGAGCUUGGAAACCUUUGAUGAAAGCAAACCACCCAUUACACCUGUGGGAAAAGGCCAUUCAUUUCCCAAUUCCCUUCGUUCAGUUCUGAAGAAAACACCAGUCAAAAUCGUAGCAGAAGGCUUGAAGGAUCUUCAAGAAUCACCAGGGGAAAUGGCCACACCGAUAUGUACUGGAUCUUUUGAACCUGAAGAAAGAAAAACUAAUUCUCCUGACCGUCAGGCUCCUUUGACUAGAACCACUCGAAACUCGGCUAAAAGGAAGUGUGUAGUGCAAGCAGAAGAAAAAAAUCUUGCAAUCAAAACUGAAGCCCAGAAUCAGGUCAGCAAAUUGCAGAAAGCCAAAACUUCAACCAAAUCCAAAAAAAAUCCAGCUGUCCAACCCAAAGUGGCGGGGAAAAAGAGGAGGAGAGAGAAGAAAAAACAGGAGCAAAAAGUAUUUUACGGGCCGCGCGAGAGAGUAUCGAAGAAACCUCUCUUAAGUCCUAUCCUAGAAAUAUCAGAAAAUGCAUCCUCUUGUUUUUCUUAUCCAAAUACACCAACAUUAAACGUUUUCACCUCAGACGAUUCUUUAAGUGACCUGCAUGCUAAGUUUAUCGACGAAACGGCUGAAGACAAAAAGAGUCUACCUUACACUGUAGGAGUGGACUGCCAUGAUCAACAUUCUAGCCCUCAGGAAGAAGACGGCUUAGCUAGUUCAUUCGUUCAGCUUCAAGAACUUGCUCUGAACAAUAGAAAACAAUGGCUUCCUGGAUGCGUGUCUGAAAAAAUCUCUCCUGAAAAACUGAAGAGUUCUUUAAAUGGAAAUGAACAGGUGGUAGGAAGCGACUGUCUGUCAGGUCGGACAGAAAUGCAGCUGGUGGAGUUACUGAACAUCUGUGGACCUAGUAAAAAUAUCAAGGCUAAAGAAAAUUCAUUUUUCACUGUAGAUUUUGCAACGGAGGUAAUGAGUGAAAGCAACGGGGUGAACUUUGAAAGGAGCCCAAAAAGCAGCAGAAGAUUGAUGGAAGACUUUCUGAGCACCGAGGGCGCUGAGUCAAAAAGUCCUGGAAACAGCACUGGAGUUCCUGGUGGAAACCUGGGCGGGUUGCCACCUUGUUCUUGGACAGCAGAUGACAUUGCACUCUUAAACCAUUUUGAGGAAAACAGGAAUGUAACAAAAAAAGUAAGACGCAGCAUGAGGGGGCUGAAAGAUGCAGAAGGUGUGGGCCUGGCCUGGGUUGAGAUCUCUUGCAAAGUCCCCAAAAGGCUGUCAUCUGCUGGUCCUCAAGAAUCAAAGCAUGCAGCGAGUAGCCCUUAUGGACCAAAAAGAAGAAGGAGCUUCUGUGCAUUAAAUGCUGAAAAAGAUCAAGGUGUCACCGUCAACGUUCAAAGGAAUAGAAGAGCCAGUCUGGGUUACAAAAGUGAUUGUCACUAUCGGAAAAACUUUGAAAUGAGUACAUUCUUACAGAAUCAACCUACUCUUGUUUAAAUUAAGAUUGACGCUGUCCAAAAGGGGAAUGUGUGAAAGAGUUUGCUUGAGCCAUUCAAGUUUCACAAAGCUUUUAAGCAUUCAAGCAUUCAAGUUUCACAAAGCAUUCAGAUGUAUUUUUAAAGAAUGCAUAGACCCUUUGACUUCUUCCCUUUCCAUUGUUUUUUCCAAAAAGAAGUAAAGAGAAAAACUAAGGGAACUAAAAACAGAAACGGAGAAAGGAAUGGCAAUCAAAUAGAUUUUACUCAGAAGUAAUUGGAAAACUGAUCCGUUGUAGGAAGUGUGGUUCUUAUUACCGACUGUUGAAUGGAGUUCCUCCAGAAAUGUGGAUAAGAGUUAAAAUCAAGCCCAUAUCACUGGAAACAGGUCUCCAAACAUUUUGAAGUGGACAUUUUAAAGUACUAAAAGAACAUCUUGGGUGCUACAACUCUUGGGUGGCAGGGCAACCCCAAGUGUUCUGUCUUCCUCCUUUCUCAAGAUGUAUAGCUGUGCAUGAGUUUUAUGCAUCUGUAGUGACGGUGUUUCUAACCACUUUUUAAAGAGUGAUUUUAUCUUUAAUUUUGUGAAAAGCAUUAUAUAUAAUCACACUGGGA